CGUUAUCCUACAAAAGGAGACUUUCGUGUCGUGUUGAGUAAACACAUAGCUAACGACAUACAAAGCGGAUAUAUUCUUAAUAUUUUUCGUUUUAUUUACAGCUUUAAUCAUGUCUGGGCAAAACGCUUUAAAUGCUAAACAGCCGCCAAUUCAGUCUACAGCAGGAGCGGUACCGGUCCGAAAUGAUAAAGGUGAGCUUUCUAUGGAAAAAGUGAAGGUGAAGCGAUAUGUGUCGGGAAAGCGUCCAGAUUAUGCUCCAAUGGAGUCCUCAGAUGAAGAGGAGGAUUUCCAGUUCAUCAAGAAAGGAAAGGAGGCUGAACCGGAGAUGGAAAUGGAAGAGGAGGAUGUUUCGGAUCCUCGACUUCGCCGUCUUAAAAAUCGCGUAACGGAAGAUGUGGAAGAAAGACUUGCGCGGCACAGACAGAUCGCUGAACCAGAGCUGAUCGCUGAGAGCAGUGAAGAUUCCGAUGAGGGAACCUGGCACCCGGAGCGAGAGGAGAGCAGUGAAGAGGAGGAGGAGGAGGAAGAGGAGGAAGUGGACGAUGAGGAAAUUGAGAGAAGACGAGCGAUGAUGAGGCAGCGAGCACAGGAGAGGAAGAACGAGGAGAUGGAGGUUAUGGAGGUGGAGGAGGAGGGCAAAUCUGGUGAGGACUCGGCGUCUGAGUCUGAAUACGAGGAAUACACAGACAGUGAGGAAGAAGCGGAACCUCGCUUAAAGCCAGUCUUUAUCCGCAAGAAGGACAGGGUGACUGUGGCUGAACGUGAGGCUGAAGAGCAGAAACAAAAGGAGCUAGAAGUAGAGGCCAAGAAACAAGCAGAGGAAAGGCGGCGAUACACCCUGAAGAUCGUAGAGGAGGAGGCUAAGAAGGAAUUUGAGGAGAACAGACGCACUCUAGCUGCCCUAGACGCUCUGGAUACUGAUGGAGAAAAUGAGGAGGAAGAGUACGAGGCCUGGAAGGUCAGAGAGCUGAAGAGAAUCAAGAGGGACAGAGAGGCUCGGGAAAUGAUCGAGAAGGAGAAGUCAGAGAUUGAGAGGUUCCACAAUCUCACAGAGGAGGAACGCAGAGCCGAAUUGCGAGUCAACGGAAAAGUCGUCACUAACAAAGCAUCAAAGGGCAAAUACAAGUUCCUGCAGAAGUACUACCACAGAGGAGCGUUCUUCUUGGAUGAAGAGCAAGACAUCUUCAAGAGAGACUUCAGUGCACCAACCCUGGAGGAUCACUUCAACAAAACCAUUCUACCAAAAGUCAUGCAGGUCAAGAAUUUUGGUCGUUCUGGACGCACUAAGUACACACAUCUGGUGGACCAGGACACCACGUCAUUCGACUCGGCUUGGGCUCAGGAGAGUGCACAGAACAGCAAGUUCUUCAAACAAAAGGCAGGAGGAGUGAGGGACGUGUUUGAACGGCCAACAGUACAGAAGAGGAAGACCUAAGAGACUUUUUGGACAAAUAUAGCAGGGCUUCUCAACGUCAGUUAAAGCCGUUAAUGCAGAGUUAAUGAUUUGUGUGUUGUUAACUGUUUUUACCCCUAUUUUUUUGGUUCCCUUCUUUGUUUAUACGAUGUAGCUCAGUUGCUGCAUUCAGUUCAUCUUGGUUUAUUUUAUUUUAGUUUUGUACGUGAUUUCUUUACAAAACUUUAUCCUGUUUAGAUCUUUGUAUACAUUUUAUUUGGCAUUGUAAAUAAAUUACCAUAACGCA